AAAUAUCUCCAGCAGUCUUUCUCCAGAUCUGUGGGAGGGUCUUACGUUUGUCAGUUUCGUUCCUUAGCAAUUUACUCACUUUAACACACUGCAGCAAGGGUGACAGGAGCCAAAGCGGAAAAAGACGUGGAAGGAUUUCAAGCACAACAGCGAUCUGAGCGAUGGCGGCCAUCAGGAAGAAGCUGGUGAUCGUGGGGGACGGAGCUUGCGGGAAGACCUGCCUGCUCAUCGUCUUCAGCAAGGACCAGUUCCCCGAGGUGUACGUGCCCACCGUCUUCGAGAACUACAUCGCCGACAUCGAGGUGGAUGGGAAACAGGUGGAGCUGGCUCUGUGGGACACGGCAGGUCAAGAGGACUAUGACCGCCUGCGACCGCUGUCCUACCCUGACACCGACGUCAUCCUCAUGUGCUUCUCCAUCGACAGCCCAGACAGCUUAGAAAACAUUCCGGAGAAGUGGACCCCGGAAGUGAAGCACUUCUGUCCCAACGUUCCCAUCAUCCUGGUGGGGAACAAGAAGGACCUUCGGAACGACGAGCACACCCGGAGGGAGCUGGCCAAGAUGAAGCAGGAGCCGGUGAAGCCCGAGGAGGGCCGGGACAUGGCCAACCGCAUCAGCGCCUUCGGCUACCUCGAGUGCUCGGCCAAGACCAAGGACGGCGUGCGGGAGGUGUUCGAAAUGGCCACCAGGGCGGCGCUGCAGGUGCGCAAGCGCAAGAAGAGGAGCGGCUGCCUGCUGUUGUGAGGGGGAGUGGAGCCGCGCCCGCCACAGACCGCCCAGAGGAGCAACCUUUUACCAAACGCCAUCUUUGUACUGUAUCUCACGUUUUGCGCCCGCAAGAAGAGAGCAGAGAAUGCCAACGAACACACACACACACACACGCACACGCACACACACACACACACACACACACACACACACAAAAGACGACAAAAGACUGGCCUCUUAACGCAGGUUAGAAACGGACAUCUAUUGCCUACCGUAUUGCUUUCCUUUUUUUCUGGCACCUUGGGUCUUUAAAUGCAUUUUUUUUUUUUUUUUGCGCACCAGCAAUAUCUUCCUACUGCUAUACUGAGAAAAGGCUCCUUAUAUGUAUGUAUGUAUGUAUGUAUGAUGUAUGUAUAUUUUUUAUGUAUGUGCAUACACCCCCACCCAUUUAGCCCCUCUGCCCCCACUCCUCCCCUCCUGACUCUGUAGUUCCGCCCUCUGCUUCCCAUAAGUCCAAUGUGGCUUCGCAUUGAUUUGCCCAAACUCAUCUUUGCUGAUAAUUAAAUGAAUCUCAUUGGAUGAGAAGAUAAGACUGAGUGCCGAUUGGGCCUAUCACAGUCUAGCUGUCGUAACUGCAGCCUGUGGGAGAGAGGGAGGGGGGCGGGGAUCAUUUGGUUUGAAGGAUUCAUGAGCAGUUUACACUCUGACCAGUCUCUAGGUUGAGGUCACGUAAAAGUAAAAGGAUUUGGGCCACACCCCUGGCAAUUUGAUUUGUUCCCCAUCUGUGGUGGCAUGUUUGAUUUGUCCAGGCCAUGCCCCAUAUUGAGGGGAAAAACGAAUAAUUUUUUAAGGACUCUCCACUCACUCGCUGCAGAGCUAAGUACCCCCGCCCCCUCUCGGUUUGUGCGGUAUCUGCCCUAAAACCACUAAGGCCCCGCGGUUCAGGUCUGGUUCAGUCCCCUAUCAGCCCCCGCUCGCCAGCCACCGUGUCCUUGAGAACCGGACGCGGUCGCAUUUGCCCCCCCCCCCCCCCCUUUGCACGUGGCCGACCAGACAAAAUGUCCGACGUGGAGACGGCCUCUGAAGAACCUGGGAGGACGGCUAGAGAAACGGAAGGGGAAGGGGCGAGGCGUUUGGUAAUUGUACGGAGUACGUUGAGCUGCCGGCGCGCCCGCUGGGGCCCCCUGGUGGCUGGGAUCGGCGGUGCGCCACACGGCAUCGAUCCGUUUGCGGAAGGUUAAUCGCCACGGCGGCCGCAGAUUAAGCACACUGGUCGAUGCGGUCCGAUUCGCUAACGACCGCCCCCCCCCCCCAGAUAAAUGGAGAGUGAGAGAGCGGAGGAAGACUGUAAAGGAAGGUUAAGCAGGGGGCAGCGAGAUUGUGCUGAAAUUCGAUGCCGAGCCCUCGAGUAACUCUGUAGCUUCCAUGAAUUCCGUCCUGCUCUCAGCCAGUCGCUCCCUUCCCAUUCGCUCCUCUCCCAUUCGCUCCUCUCCCGGUGUGCUGUGGAAUGUCGUCCAGCCGGUCCCGGUCCCUGGAGGGGGUUACCUGAACACCAUCUGAAAAUCUAGCCAACUGCCAGCAAUGUUCUGCCCUAAAGGCUGAUCCUGGAUCAGUAGCUCCAACGUCCAGCCCUGGCUACACCCAUUAUGUGAAGUAAGCUUGCACUGAUCCAGAAUCAGCUGCCGUGACCGAAUCCCAACCGUCAACGUGAAACGAUGGUACACUGUUCCUAGGUCAGUGGCGCAACCAUCAUCAGAGUGAAGUGUCCACUGAUCUCAGGUCAGCUGCUCCAUCGCCAUUUAUUCCCCACAAACCCCUACAUGGGGAAAAAAAACGGCACCAACCCAGGGUCACGAAUGUGUACGCCAUGUUGGGUUCCUGCAGGUAGUUAUCGGUGCCGUCCUGGGGAUGUAGCCUCCUGGGUAUUGACCCUGGGGCAGUCUUUUGUGCAGCUUGCCCAGAGCACAGACAUUCCAGCCGAUCAAUACCUCCAUAGCGGAGAGAGAGGUGUGUGUGUGUGUGUGUGUGUGUGUGAGACACAGAAACGAGCGUGUGCUUGGUCCGGGGUGUAUUGGGGAGUGAAACAGGCCUUCCUGGGGCCAGCAGGCAGGACAGCGGCACACCUGUCUGAGUUUAAUGAAAAAUAGUUGUGGUCGAGGCGUCAGUCAUAAUGAUUGCCAGUGCUUAACCCCACCCGUCUAUGGAGGCAAUACAGAUGGAACUUUCGGUUGGAAGUUUAGAGUCGAACAAGGCUUAAUUUUUUUGGUUUUAUUUUUUAUUAAUUUGAUUUGCACCCCCCCUACACACACAGGCACACACACACGCACACAGACCCACACACACACACACAUCAUUCUCAAUGCCUUUGAUUUUUGCUUUCUCUUACACUGAGUGACAUUUUCUUCACGCGGUCAGGUGGAACCUUUCUCUUCGGUCGCAGUGAGUGGGGAGGGAGUCGUCAAGGUGACACAUUUCUGAGUGACAGAUUACACUCUUGUCUGUGGCUCAUCGAGCCUGAGAAUACAUUGGCCUGUCCUCUCAGCCCAGUUCAGAAAGAUAUGGCUGAGAUUUGUUCUGCAGACAAACAGGCCGCUCCAGAGGCCCACGAAUCCCCAGUGUCAGGUCCAUCACACACCCCCAACUGUAGGCUUCUAGCUGGGGUUGAAAUCCCCUGGAGGCCCCUGAUGGCUUCUGGAAGUCCCUUUAUGAAUUUGAAAUGGUUAUUGGCAUCCAAAUAAGGCUUGGUUGCUUAGUCGAUUUGCUUUAAAUGUUAAGAGAGCCAAAAUUGAGAGCUUUCCUGAGAUCUUAGAAUUGAUUCAUGCAUUUUUAGGAUAUUUGCUAGCUAUUAAUUUUGUUUUUCCGCUGUACGGUCGUUAGUUGUCAGAAAAUAAACCACCCCUUGCAUCCUCACGGGAACAUUUUAAAAAGCCUAUUUUAAAGCCUUCGGAAUGGGUGGAAUUUUCAGCUAUUCCUUUUGGAAUUAAACUGCCAGUUUCUGUGAUCUCCACCCCCCUCCGUUACUCUCUUAAAAACAAAAACUUAACUGCAGUAUCUUCCUAAUUCGCUCUAAAGUUGAUUUGGUUCCCCCUUGCAUCCUGUUCUGCAUUGCUGUUUUUAUAGCAUCUGUAUACCUGCAGUUUAGCCAAGACAGACUUGUUCAAGACCCAUUCAUUAUUGAUAGCCCAAUUCCCUGUUGUGUUCAGCUGCUCCACUAGUGACACUGGUAGCAUUAUAGAGGGUAAAAUGCACUGCACAAAGUGAUUGACUCGCACAAAGAUCCAUUGCAGACUGGCUAAUGCAGCAGGAAUGCGUUAACAUUUUGUUUUAGGAUGGCUUGAGACACAGGUGUUAAGACACCUGGAGUUUUUGGAAGCCUUUCAAGAUGUUAUCUGGUUUAAUGGGCUACGAAGAAAUCCGAGGCAGAAUUCCCUCGUAUUUAACAUCCUAAUUCAGUCUGUUCAAACCUGCAGUUGUUUCUCUUACCUAGUUUACGGUCUGCUUGCUUGUACCAACGUGCACAGGCUGAUGUAUGUAGAUAUGGUGGGAGGGAAAAGCAGCUGGUCGCUGCUGUUUUACUCGAGCAAACCACAAGGGGGAGACAAAUCGACUUUUAAAAGUUGUGGGCCACAGGUUCGGUUUUGACCGUCGUGUACACGACCGGCAUUCAUUUAAUUUCUGCGCCCGCAGAAAUGAGAUGCGUGACUUCACAAGUGUGAGUUCUGAUGAAGGGAGCGUGGAGGAAGACUGGUCUAACGGCGCAUAGAUCAGACAUCAGUAUGUCUUAUGGUUUCAUGGCUCUUCGAGGAAACCGAUAGCCUGCCAAAUUAAAUGUUAUUGCUCCCUUAAGAAAAGCACGAGACUCCGAGCUUAAUUGUGUAUAUUUUCCAAGGUAGAAUAUACUGCAAAAAAAUCAUAUAAGGACUGAAUGAUGGUACAUUGAGGCUUCGAGAACACAAUCUUCUGUGGAGCUGCAAUCAUUUGCCAAUCAGGAACCCGGUUGUACGAAAUAAGGCUUUCUUCUACACAGUAAAGCACAAUGAUUGGUUAAUAUGAAUAAAUCACCGAUACCACACGUCACCUCCGCCGAAUUGUCAGCUUCACGAAGCCUCACUCCCCGUCACUGGCGUUUAGUUAACCGGGACGGGAAUCGGAAUUGACGUGUGGAGAGUAAUUGGACUGGAAUUGAAUCUUAGGGGGUUGUAACUGGACACAGGUCCGCGGGGCACCAAGGAAGCUCGAGAAUUAUUAUUAUUUUUACCUGCGCAGUAUUACACAGAACCACAGCUCGCCAAGUCAUCCGUCACAUCUCGCGAAGCAAGAGGCAUUCCGAGACGAAAACAAAAUUGUCGACUCUUCGCGGCCAAUCGUUAGUGGAGCAUGUAUACAGUACUAAAGUGUUUUUGUGUGUGUGAGAACCCCAUUUAUGUCUAAUAUGCACAAGAUCUGUACUUCUCUGUAUGAACUGAACAUUCUUUUGUAUCUUUCGCCGUCUGCAUGGGCAAAUCGUGGUCCCACAGGGCUUCCAUCUGGCCCUGUAGCCCUUGGGGAAAAACCCCCGCUCAGUGUCUUACCAUAUUUUCCUUCUUUUUAUUCUUUUAUUCUUUUCUUUUGUGUUUUUCCAGAACGAUUUAAAACCCCCUACAGUAAUCCAGAUUUCUAUAAAUGCUGAUUGUCAUAAUGCUUUGUAAACAGGAUAUAAUAGUGUUACAGUGAGUGUUCGAAUAAAGUGAACAUGACCAAUGUUAAUAAACUAUUUUUGAAACGUCA